AUGGCAACAUUGAGAUCCUCAGUUUCUGAAACCUCUUCUUCUUCUUCUUCUUCCUCAAAUCCUCAAAACCCUUUCCUCUUAUUUCUUGCCCUUUUCUUCAUCUUCAUUGUUCUGGUCUACUCCUCGGAUUCGAGCUCGAGUUUUGAUCCAUCCUCCAUGGCUUCUUCUUCUUCAAGGGUUUCCACUCAAACCCUUGUCCCUCAUUCUUCAUCAUCCAGCAUGAACUUCCAUCCUACCGGAAAAAGCCGCAGAUCAUCAUCUUCUUCUUCUUCUCCUUCUUCAUCUUCAAGGGAGUUUGAAGCUGGCGAACAUGAAGUUCCAAGUGGGCCCAACCCUAUAUCCAAUUGAUGAACUGCCUGUUAAUUGAUUCUGGAGGAGAUGAAAUCGUGAGAUGCUAUCAGAUAUAUAGAUUUUGCGCUUUUUGCUUUGCUUCAGGCGUCUGGUGAAAAAGCGGAAAAAAAGUGAUUAUUUUGGGACGCCGAUGAAGCCAUUCGUAAGAAAUUGGAGGGUCCAGUAAAGUGUUUGGCAUGCUCCCGCAACUCUGCAAAUUCUGUGUUCUUUUUACCAUGCAAUUUCAUUAUUUCAAGCCCAUCCCCAUAAUCUUAACCUUUUUUUUUCCUUUUCAAAAAUUAUAAAGAGAUAAAGUAAUUUUCUUUUUGGCGCGUCUUCCUUUUGAUCAUUUCCUUUUUCAGACUCAUGUAACCGGCAGUUAAAUUGUUCUUCUUAAUUAAUUUUAGCAAUUUGAUUAUGUAAUUAGGGCUUUUCAAUUUGAAUUUGUACUAUGAAAUGAGUCUUUAGCCAUUGAGAUUAAGUUGUUUAGGACCAUACCCUUAAUUUCUGGAGACAAAACUCUUUCAACGUCGUAAGGAACAACGUUAAUAAUAAUACCAUUAUUAUAAUAA